UCUCUUUCAGACUCAGUUGAUUACAGAGGUAAAGAGUUCGUCUUGAGCUUCUCGCCUCAACAUCCGAGGCAUCCUUUUUCUGGAAACAAUAUACUAUACAUUUCCAGCUUUGAAGAUGGCACGGUUCGUGUCCACGUGCCUUCUCUCACGAACUUUCCAGAGAAGUCGUACGCCUUGUCAGCUGGAGGUUUAACAAUAGUUCAACUGUCUGGAGAUACACGCACGAAUGGCAACUCAGGACUGGAGAAAAAAAAAGGUAUCCGAAUCACUGCCGAUAAACCCAUGUCUGUGCAGGGAUUAGCAAAUGCGGCCCAAAACGUGGAAGGGUUUCUUGGGUUGCCUGUGGAUGCUCUUGGUAUGUUUUACAUAGCAGCAGCAUAUCACCCCGUAAUCAAUGCUGUUAUUCAGGUCGUAGCGACAGAGGAUAACACCACUGUCACGAUUAAAUUGCGAACGAGCGGUAGAGUACAGUAUCAGGAUAAGUGGUAUGGAGACGGUCAGGUCAUAAGCGAAACUUUAAAUGAUUUAGACGUGUUUCAAGUUUUGGCUGACCAGGAUCUCACAGGCACCAUUAUAAGGUCGACAAAGCCAGUCGCAGUAUUUACUGGGGAUGACUGCACCAUGGUGCCUGAAAAUAAACCGCCAUGCAAUCACCUGGUGGAGCAGAUCCCUCCCGUAUUCCUCUGGGGGAAAGUGUUUGUUACCAACCCCACGCCUAACAGCCCGGGGGGAGACGAAUUUCAUAUAAUAGCGUCUCAAAAUACAGCAGUUUAUGUGGAUUCUCAAUACAAAGUGACGUUAGACCAAGGAGAGAAAUAUAAGAUCGAUGUAUCAUGGAACAAGUCCUCGGUGAUCAGUACUACUCGACCGAGUCUUGUGAUGCAAUACUCCAAAGCGGGAAAAAGCCCUUCCAUGAAUGUAGUACCUCCAAUGCAGUAUUUCACUAACGACUACACAGUUUAUGUUCCUCAAGAUGAUCAAGGAAACACUUUUGACUGCUAUGUAAAUGUCGUUAUUGACACUGCUUCACGAAGCGGUCUUCGCGUGAAGGGUGCAGACAGCAUUGUCAAGAACUGGACCGUAAUUCCUGGCUCUGGAGGGUUCUCAAGAGCUUCGAUUCAUUUGACCAGUGAUGGUUCCUAUCAUGUGUACCAUGAAAACCCGCUGACAACAUUUUCUGCAGUUUUUUACGGAACGAAUCGCAAUGGAAUGUUGUUUGCUAUGCCGGCUGGGAUGGAACUGGAACUGCAGUCACUGAACGAUACUUGUAAGCCAACAAACACUGUGGGCGGAGACAACAUUGAUAAUGAUUGCGAUGGUUUGACGGAUGAAGAGUUAAAGAAUGGAGUUGACGAUGAUUCAGAUGGUGUGGUUGAUGAAGACUUAGUCACACCAGUGCCUACAUUAACCACGCCCAAAAAUUUCGUGACAACCUUAUGCAAUAGAUCAUCUGGUGUGUUCAAUACAGGUACUGCAUCGGGCUCAGCUCACGGCGUAUGUAGGGCUCGUGGGGAAGCCAAAAUCUCACAUAUGGAUAAAAUUGUGAAAAACAAGGCGUGUGGGCGCAUAACCGACCGAGUGUGGAUUAUUACAGAUUCUUGUGGUAAUUCUGUCACGGGCAUCCAGCGUGUAACGAUAGAUACCCCAGAGGAGCCGACCAUAGUCUUUCCGAAAGAUUUCGUCUUCACCUGUAGGGAGAAGAAGUAUCUUGAUCCAAAGUUUGCUGGACAGGUCUCAUUGACUAGUGCUAAAAACUUGUGUCCGAGGAAUGUAACAAUAACCUACGUUGACAGAUACAAAGAUGACUGUUUAAAUUCAAACAGGGAAGGGAGGCUGGAGCGAAUUUGGACCGUGAAAGACAAAUGUAAAGGGAGUCAAACAAAGUCACAAGUUAUCAUCCUUGUACCAAAAGGUAUGAAAAUCCAAAUUAAUUAUUAUAUAUUAUCAUUGCUUCUCUUCUGGGCGGUUGUAUUACCAUAAAAUUUACCAGACCCCCCUAUAAAGCUCUGUAGCAUUUUAAUGACCCCUCCUCAUUUUUAAAUUCUACGAGAAACGACUGGUCGCCCUCCGUUUCACCUACAAAACAUGUGAUUCCCCCAAAAAAUCCUUCCCCCCCCGUCCCUUAUUUAAGGUGGAACUCAGUUAGCGCAAUACUUUAGCUGAUUGCUGUCAGCUUGUAAUGCAGGAUUGCAUCGAGUAAUUUUGCUAAAUGUUUCCUGAUUGGCCGAGAAAACUCGCACCAAAUAUCCAACCAAUCAGAUACAAAACUAAACCCAAUUGCGACUCGGGCACCUCCAUUUUCCCGCGCUAUUGAAGAUUGUUCUGAUUGGCCGUUGUAACUUAUCUGUUAUUUGGUCACUUAACCUGUUUUCAGGGUUGAGAAGAUCCACUAACUAUGUCGUGUCAUUCAAAAUAACGAACGAGAUGUUUUCGGCCGAACUUCAAGAUAUGGAAUCUCCUACCUUCAAAUCCCUCUCAAGAGGUUUGGAACUUGAGGUAAUGUACAUAGGCAUAUUUCUUUUUUUUAGACCAAGGAAAAUUACUUCUUGAAAGGGAGUUUAAUGGGCGAUAGCGUCGUUGAACCAAGAUAUCGUCGGUGAAAUUCUCGUUAAGCUACCGACUCGCACUCGGUAAUAGUGCGCUCAUAUUAACUUUAUUGUUUGCUCUUCUGUCCUUAUUUUAGCUGGAAAAGACAUUCAUGGGGUCGAAAUCAAUACUUGGACAAUUUUUUGUAGCAGCUACCGUUCUUGAUUUCAGGUAAGCUCUCGGCUUGGGAUUUGUUACCGUCACUAACCUUCAUUUAACAUGACAUUUCUCUGUUUUUACAGCAAUGGUAGUGUUAUUCCAAGAGUGCUCAUUAAAAUCGAUGCACAAACUCAAAUUAGUCAGCGGCAGUUGGUCGAAUUCAUGAAUGAAACUCUGAAAAGUGGCAUGCUGGGAAAAUACCAGGCGGACCCCACAUCAAUUGAGUCGACAGGUAUAAAUUUUGCCAUUUUUCUUUUUGCCGUCAAGCCCCAUCAUGUUAUUUUUCCCGUCUCUCUUCACUAUUCCUUGCAAUUUACUAACCCUCCCCACCCCCCACUAAAGCUCUCUAAUAUUCUAAUGAUCCCCCUCAUUGAUAGUCAAUUAUCUGAUUUCCCCCCCUUAUACUCUUUAAGCGACAACUGAUCUCCUCACUGUCCCCCCUGAAAAUCAUAUGAUCCCUCCAAAAUUCUCCGACCCUCCCCCAAGAGAAUAGAUUGACUGGUUCCUUAUUCAACACUUUUUUGGGUGAAAACUGUUAAAAUUACCAUAAUAGGAAACUUUGCCAAGUCAUUCAUGUAAUCUGACCCCUCAUUGGUUCUUUACAGUAUUUAUAUUUGUUUGAUUGGUUUUUUUAUUACUUUUUAAACAGAAAACAACUUUAUACCCCACGAACUGCCUGAAAGGGCAAUCAGUCUGAAGAUUCACUCCUUUACCUUCGUUUAACGUUCUAUUUAGUUAAUUACUUUUCCUCAAUCUUUAUCUUAAACAGACUUUGACGAGUGCCAAGCUCCCGAUCUCAACAAUUGUCACGAAAAAGCUAAAUGUACUAACACUGUAGGUUCAUAUAACUGCUCUUGCCUGAAAGGAUUCGUUGGGGAUGGUGUCCUUUGUCAAGGUAAGCUUUUCUGACCUCUACUCAUAGAGCUACUAGCAUCAUGGCUAAACUGACUGAUCUGUUUCCACAACUCUCAUCUGAUGAAAAACUCUUCACUUGAAUUAGGUUUCUGAAUUGUCACUUUCGCUCAGGUUGUCGAAUUGUCACUUCUGCUCGGGUUGUCGAAAUGUCACUUACCACAAACGACGACAGUCUUUCCCAGGACUACUCUCCUACGGACGAUCAGGUCACGCGAAUAACUGGCCUCUUCCCUAACCCAUCGUUACAUUAACCCUAACUUGAUAUCGAUUGACUUUACUUCAUUUAAUGGAGGGCUAGGUUCGCAGUUGCUCAGAUACCGACGCUUAUCUACUUUUUCUAUUCCCAGCACCACCUUCAAUCAGCUACAUUGAUCCAGCAAUGGAAAUUGGCACCGAAGAAAACGUGACACUUGCUUGUCACGCUGAAGGUCUUCCAGAACCAAAUAUCACUUGGGUAACACCAGACGAACAAUUGGUGACAGCAGCAAGUGGUAUUUUAGAAACAUCAACCCUUGACGAUGGUAGCAAAUAUGUACGAGGCAAAAAAAUGCAACAAGAUGGUUCGCUAUUGAUUUACAACACCCGUGAUAACGAUGGCGGUAUUUACAAAUGCAUCGCUGAGAAUGGCGUGGGAAGGGAUAUCAAAAGUGUCAACGUCACAGUGAGAGAUGGUGAGUAAUAUAUCACAGAGAAAGUUUCAGUCAUAAUCAAAUAGCAAUUUUCAAUCCGAGAUAACACUGGUUUUUGCUUUAUUUCGUUCUACACUGAGUCCAGAAAACUCGCGCCACCACUCAUCCAAUCAGAUACAAAAAUAAAACCAACCAUGACUUGGCCUACGUUUUCCCGCGCUUUAGAAGGUUAGCUUGUAAUAACUUUGGUUUCUCAUCGGCUUUUAACCCUUUUACUCACAUGAGUGACCAAGACAGAAUUUCUCCUUACAAUAUCAAUACAAUAUCAAGCAGACAAGUUGUGAGAAUAUAGAAAAAUAUAAAUUAGGGGAUUAUAAGUUGAUCCAAUACCAAAUUCUCGAAACUAACAUCUGAAGGACUGUACGACAGACAGUAAGGAGAAUUACUAAUGAGAUCGUGGGAGUUAAAAGGUUAAAGGUAUUUUCCUUUCUCUCGAUUGGCUGUUGCGAUUACUUUGGUUUUGGUUUCACAGCACUCGAUUGAAAAUCGUUCUAACAAAGUUUGGGCUUUAAAACAAAGAUUACAUCAAUUUCGGUGCAAAAUAACACCCAUUGUCAGGCUGCGUAGGGAUGAAACGGAUAAUUUCUAGUUUCUAUCAAUAGACCUUGUGGGAGUCGAUGCCGCCAUUACCAUUGAGGAUCAAGUAUUUGAUCAAGAUUUGAAAAAUAAAUCUUCUACGAGAUACCAGACAUUAGAGCAGCAAGUGAAGCAAGAGGUAAGUCUGUGAACUUGUCUUCUUUAGACGUGAUCAGUAUGUAACUUCUCUUUACGAGACUGGUGCGAAGCAAAAAAGGGAUACGACCCAAGAUUCACCGAAGUAACACGAUUCUCUCCUCUCAGAUAAAUAUGUGGGCAUCAGCAAACUGUCAAGGAGGCUUAAUCCUUUAACCUCUAAAUUCUCCUUACAAUAUCACCCAUGAAUCAUACGUUAAGGUAACAAGAAGACAGGAAAUCAUCACCAACUAGAGUAGCUCUUGAUUGUUAAGCACAUUCUCCUUGUCAGCACCUUAGGAAAUGUAAGGAGAACAGUAUGGAGAGUUUGUAUACUGAUCAUAGGGCGAAAAGGGUGAACGAAAUCAUAGUGGGGGGUGGAAUGGUUAAUUUAUAGUUAAACUGCCUCCCAUCCAGGGGGGAGUAACAACAUUCCUAUUCACUUCUUGAUAAGAGGAAGAACAAAGAAUAUGUCAGCGGUUUUCUUUUUUUUGUCUGCCAAAAAAAUAAUAAAUUCGGAAUGUUUUUGUCUUUCCUUUUACACAGUUAACUGCCUUGUUCCAGGAUAUUGAAGGAUUCGAAGAGGUUAUAAUUCUUGGAUUUGUGUAAGUGAAAAAGCAAAGAACUGACGCGUAAAACGUAUUUGAACUCGUUACCGGGGUCACUAUGUUGUGUUUUUUAGCAAGACACUUUAACGCUUGAAUAUCACCGACCUGUUCCUCUCUCCACCCCAGUGGUAUGCAUAGCUUACAGCAAAGUGUCGGUGAAAGAAGACUAAAUACAGGGGCUGGGGUUCCUGUGGAGGAUCAGCAUGAUAUCCGGGUGCAAGUAGCAAUACUCCAAGGGGCUUCUCUCUAUAGAGGCUAAAGCAACUUCCUCUUUCACGGCUUAUAAUAAGUAUAUGUAAUCACAUGAGGCCAAGUACUAUUAAGGAUUAAUUGCACGAGAGUUUUCAAAAUUUUCCAAAAUUGCCCGAGUCGCGAAGCGACGAGGGCAAUUUGGAAAAUUUUGAAAACUCAAGUGCAAUUAAUCCUUAAUAGUACGAGAUCUCAUGGGAUUACUUGUUUAUCAAUAAAGGGCAAAAUUUAUACGAAGGAAAAUCACGCGCGCAGUCUAUUUUUAUCUGGGAAGCCUGUUUAGCGCUACGGCAAAUCAUCAAUCAAAUUUAACUGACCAAUCGAUUCAAUGAAAUUUUAUUCUCCAAAACUGUGUCGUGAUACACUGCCAAAAGUCUAGAAAACAAAGCUCAUUUCAACAGAGCGUUUCUGCCAACAGAAAAACAACAAAGUGCUUUUAACUGAACAAGGUAAUCAUGCCCUCUCUUGAUUACUAAAAAUGCCCUCGAUUAAGAAAAAAUGCCCUCUCUCUCAACCAAUCAGCGCUCAGUAAUUUUGCCCUUUAUUGAUAAACUGAAUGAAUGCAAGGUUGAAACAGUGAAAGCUUUGAAAUAAUCCUAAUUCUCGUUAAAAGAUAAAAAGCUUAGAAGUUUGGUAUGUUUUCUCAUGGGGCGCAAAAGAAGUCGCUCAAAUAUUUCGAAGAACGUGCAGCGCAGAAUGUUGUGGUCAAGCCCAUCUGCCCACGUGCUUCUUGUCUAGUGCAUCACUAAAGUUCUCAGAUUUUUUUGUCUUCUUACUAGUUAAAAAUAGCCUUUAACCCUUUAACUCCUGGAAGUGAUUAACAUGAAACUUCUCUUUAUAAUAUCCUCACAUUAUCUAACAAACAGGUUAUGAGAAUACUCAAACUUAUCAGGUAGAAGUUAUCUUGAUCUAACACCAAAUUCGUAUAACUAAUUUACAAGGAAAUGUGUAGCAGCUAGAGGGGAGAAUUAACAUUAAGAUCUUGGUAGUUAAAGGGUUGAAACAGGUCAGUUUGUUCUACCGUUUCGCGCUAGGAUGAGAGGCGUCUAAGCAAAACUCGAAGGCAACUUUUCAGUCAAAACCCUAUUAAUAACCCUUUAACUCCCGUGAGUGACCAAGACAGAAUUUUUCCUUACUAUAUCUAUACAAUAUCAUGCAGAUAAGUGAUGAGCAUAAAGAAAAAUAUCAAUUAUGGGAUUACUAAUUGAUCUGACACCAAAUUCUUUAAACUAACAUAAUGAGAAUCAUUUGGCAGAUAGUAAGGAGAAUUACUGGUUUGAACUUUGGACGUUACUUCGUUACAGGAAUGGCAGCGUGAAAGUACGUUUCCGUGUUGUUGUGAUUGUGAAACCUGAGGAAAAAAAGACAACGGUUGUUGCUAACAAAGUUGGUAAAACUCUCAGUGCCAGUGUGCAAACUGGUCAGAUAGGCAGUCUUAAAGUGAAGAAAAAGGUUGAGUUACGAGGUUUGUAACUAUUACCCUGUUUUCUUCCUUUUUUCUCGAUUCCAUCCUUUUUCAUCCUCCCUUGCUGCAUCAUCUCAUUUUCCAUUUUCCAUUUUCCAUUUUUCAUUUUCCAUUUUCCAUUUUUUAUUUUCCAUUUUCCAUUUUCCAUUUUCCAUUUUCCAUUUUCCAUUUUUUAUCUUCCAUUUCCCAUCUACCAUUUACCAUUUCUCAUUUACCAUUUUCCAUUUCCAUUCUCCUUUUCAGAACUUCCUCCACCACCCGAAAAUGUUCGAGCGAGUGAUGUUGAACGAACUGAAGCCGUCAUAACCUGGUCGCAUCCCGAACUUUAUCAAAUGUACUCUAUUAAUGGAUACUCGCUACAAAUCAGACAAUUUGGAACAAAGAAGUGGCUUCAUUUUACAUCCACUCCGGGCGAAAACCACAGGAUAACCAACCUCGAUCCCGGUACUGCUUACUUCGUGAGGUUGAAAUCAAAAAACGAGUACGGUAUGGGGGAACCGAGUACCAAUGGAGAACUCAAAACUAAAAAAGGUUGGUCAUUUCGGCUGUUUUGUGAGUUCUAGGAGUCUCGUUAACCCUUUACACCUUUACAUCAGCCUGCAUAUUCUCCAUACUGUUCUCGAUACAUUUCCAAAGAGGCUGACAAGGAGAAUUUGUUUCACAAUCAAGAGCUUCUUUUAGUUGGUGAUCAUCUCCUCUAUUCUCGUGACUUUCAUAUUUGAUUCAGGGGUGAUAUUGUAAGGAGAGUUUAGAUGCUAGUCUUUCUCUAGGUUUAAAGGGUUAAUGUAUUGGUACUUCUAUCUGUUUCAUAAGCGACAGAUCAAGAGAAAUCUUCCAUUCACAUCAAUUGCAAAUACGUCAAGAAACACGUCUUCGUUUACAUCCCACGUACAUUUUCUUAAAUUUUAACCAUUUUAAUCAUCAUUGUCUCGUCUAUUAGAGGAACUGCAGAGAGAUGCAAUUGAAACCUUUGACUCCUAAGAGUGACUAGUCUUUAAUUUCUCCGUACAAUAUCACCCUUAAAUCACAUACUAAGGUCAUGAAAUAACGGAAAUUAUCAGUAAUGAAAAAGCACUUGAUUGUUGAACGAAUUCUCGUUGUCGGUCACAGGAAUUGUUUAGAGCACAGUAUGGAGAAUAUACCAAGUGAUGUUAGAGGGUAGAGAGUUAAUCACAUACCAUUCACAACGUAAGGUAACGGGGUGCUAUACCAACAUCGUAACGGAAUUAAGAGAAUACGAGGAUGCUAUAUUUUUUACCUUCAAGGGGAGAGGUCCCAUGGGCCGAAUGACUCACCCCCCCCCCUCCUAGCCGUCCUUUCGACGCAUGUCUAUCAUAAUCGUCUGAAAAAUAACAUCUAAUUUAUUUCCUUUUAUUUUCUUCAUACAGAAAAAAAUGUCGCCGAAUUAGUAUUACCCAUUGUGAUCUCGUUGUUACUGAUUAUAAUACUAGCAAUUGUGGUAGUAAUUGUCUACAGAAGAUGGAAAAAGAAACGACAAAACUCAGGAUAUUUAAACGAUGGAGAACAAGUACCAAUGAAUCCUGUAACACUAGAUACGGUCAGUUAAGCACAGUAUGUGUAAAUGAUUCAUCUACACUGACACUUUAAAACCUUUUUAUGGGAUCAAUUUAUUGUUCUUAUAGUUUGUACAUCGCGAAAAUUUAACGCUAUAUUUUUUUAGUUUGUUGCUGGUUAUAUCUUUUAUUCAUGUUCAUCCUGGUGUACAGUUACCUCUUUAGUGUUUUCCAGUCUUACAAGAUAAAUUUUGAAGAUUUAUUUCCGGUUCAAGAGAAUCUUGUCAAGCACCAAAGAUCAGUUAAAAUUUGAGUGGUGAUUGAGUUCAAUGGCUCUGUCAUCGAGGGUUUUAUAGUGCAGACAUCUUCCCUCUCCUCUCCUCUCCUCUGCUCCCCUCACUCAUCCCCCCUUUUUUUAAAGGAGUGGGUGUGUGAGGGAUUGACCUCUCUUGCUAAAAGACUUAAGUGUUUUAGCUCCCCUUCACAAUUUCUUGCUCGUCAAUCUCAUCCUCACCUCCCUUGUCCACCUCUUUUACUUACUCCAAGCUUUCCUCGACGUUAUUGAUCCAAAAUUGCGGCUGAAACACUCCAUCGGAAUUUUAAUUACAUACUCAUGCUGUGCGGACCAUCUAAAAAGCCAGAAUAAUGGUUUCGCCUCUUUGGUCUCUUCAAGAUACUUUUUUUGAUCAAUGUCAGUGUCUGAGCAGUUGCGCGCCUACCCCUCCUCUAACCCAUUAACAGUAAACUGACAAAAAGUUAGGGUUAAUGUUGGGUUAGGGCAGGGGUAGAUGCGCAAUUGCUCAGACACUUGACAUUGAACCGAUUUUUGCAUCUAAAACUUGUUCAAAUUAUUCUUUAUAAUAAUCUUUUUACCUUAGCAAAAUCAUUCUGAAGCUGAGAAUGGACGAUUUACGACUUCCACUUUUGGUAGAGAUCGCUAUGCUCUCGUCCCUGGUGGAGAACCGAACAACGCAAGCACACCAAUCGAUAUCCAAGCCUCGUUUUCAUGGCGUGAAAUACCACGUGACCGUAUCAUUCUUGGCAAAAUUCUUGGAGAAGGCGAGUUUGGAACAGUGGUAAAAGGAGAGUUGACUGAAGAUGACGGGAAUGUUAUAACAUGUGCUGUCAAAAAGUUAAAACGUAUGAUAUUUCUAUCCUUGAAUCAGUUUUCUUCCCCGAUCAAGGCGUUCACCAUGUCAAUAUAGAAGAUAUACCCCGCAUUUUCAAUUCCCAACAGACAAGUAGUUUAAGGCAGUAAAUUGUGUUAUGAUUAGGCUGUAAGAAAGGUCUCGAAAAAUCCAUUCCUCUUAAACAGAAUGAUGGUCCGAGAGCGUUUGAGGUGAUAAAUCAGAUAUGAGAUAGUAGCGAGUUAACCCCUUAAACUUCCAAGACCAGAUUAUAAAUUCUCCCCUCUAGCUGCCACUUAUUUCUUUGUAAAAUAGUCACGAGAGGUUGGUAUUAGAUUAAGAUAACUUCUACCUGAUAAGUUUGAGUAUUCUCAUUACACGUUUGCUGGAUGGUGUAUGGAUAUUAUGGGGAGAAGUUUAAUUUUGAUCACAUGAGGUAUUAAAGCGUUAAAUAAUCAGCCAAGACAAACUGCAAAAAUGAAGGCUGAUUUUCGUCAUAUUUCUUAGUUCCUCAAAGUUGCAGAAAAAUAGCUCAAGUCUCUUGACAACAGUAAACGUAAACUUUUUGUUUCAAGUGUAAAAUGGCCUGAAAACCGACGGCUUGAAGUUCAACUGUUUCCUCCUUUCUUGAACUCACAAUUGUUUCACAGUAAUGCAAUAGGUUUUGUUAAGCUCUCUUACGCCUUUCGAAUGAAAACAUUACAUUGUGUGAUAAUUUUUUUUCCGCUCGCGGCACAAUGCGCUCUGAGUCUGGAAAGAACCGCAUUUUGGAUUCUGCUUCUGAAACAAAUCACUGCCACACAUCUCCAAACCCGCAUUCAUUUUGCAUCUGCGGAAGCUUCAGUUGUUACUUCGCUUGUUCUGACUAGAAAUGUUGCAUUGUGUAAUCAUUUGUUGUCUUCACCCAAAUUUCAGGUACUGCCACAGAAAGUGACCUCAAAGAUUUGUUGAAUGAAUUGGAAAUUAUGACGUCAGUAGGAAACCACCCCAAUUUGGUUAAUCUUAUCGGCGCAUGCUCAGUUGCAGGUAGGCUAACCCCUUCUACACUUACUUCUUAGUUACUUUUAGGAGCGUAAAGACUAAAUUUCCGAUCAUUUGCCUUUUAGGACCUUUGUUGGUUGUCGUAGAAUUUGCCGAACACGGGAACCUGUUACGUCAUCUUCGGGAUCGCCGAAAGCAAAAUUACGAUGACAUGAAUGAGUAUACCUUAGAGAUAAGCUUCACGGAAAGACUGAGGAUAGCGUGCGAAGUGAGCGACGGGAUGAAACAUCUUGCUGCUAUGAAGGUAUGUAAACAUCGGGCAAAAACAGUGAUAGAAAAAUAAAUUCUCCCCCUUGGAAAUGUGAUCACAUAUGACGAGAGGGAGAGAUAUUCCUGAAGCUUGCCUCAAGUAAGGUUGAUGGCUGAGGUUAAAGCAAUCUUCAGUCCGCCAUCAUUUAUGAAAUUUAAGCAGAAAAUUAAGUAAUCAAGAGUGACAAAUUGUCAAACAAAUUAGUGGGAAGGAUUCCUGCUGGGUUAAGAGAAGGGAAGGGGGGAGAGGUAAGCAGGAGGAAAGACAGCGGUAGGGAAGGGGCGAGGUAAGCAGGAGGAAAGACAGUGGUAGGGAAGGGGGAGAGGUAAACAGGAGGAAAGACAGAGGUAGGGAAGGGGGAGAGGUAAGCAGGAAGAAAGACAGUGGUAGGAAGGGGGAAGAGGUAAGCAGGAGGAAAGACAGCGGUAGGGAAGGGGGAGAGGUAAGCAGGCGGAAAGACAGCGCUACGGAAGGGGGAGAGGUAAGCAGGCGGAAAGAGCGGUAGGGAAGGGGGAGAGGUAAGCAGGCGGAAAGACAGCGCUACGGAAGGGGGAGAGGUAAGCAGGAGGAGAGACAGCGUUAGGGAAGGUGUAAGGAAGGGGAGAGUAAGAGGAAGGGGAGGGCUUAGGCAGUGUAAAGGCAGGGGUAAGGAGGGAGUCAGGAAGGAGAAAUACAGCGGUCUGGAAGGGCUAAGGAAGGGGAAAAGGAGAGGUAGGAAGGGGAAAGGCAGGGGUAAGGAUGGGGGUUAGGAAAGAGAAAUACAGCAGUGUGUAAGGGCUAAGGUAGGGGAAAGUCAGUGGUAAGAAAGGAGUAAGGAAGGUGAAAAGCAGAGAUAGGGAAGGGUUAAGGAAGGGGAAAGGCAGGGGUGAGGAUGGGGGUUAGGAAGGGGAAAUACAGCAGUAUGUAAGGGCUAAGGAAGGGGAAAGCCAGUAGUAAGAAGGGGUAAGGUUGGGGAAAGGCAGGGGUGGGGAAGGAGAAGGCAGAGGUAGGGAAGGGCUUAGGAAGGGGAAAGCCAGUGACAAGGAAGGAAUAAGACAGGGAAAAGGCAGGGGUAGGGAAGGGCUGAGGAAGGGGACAGCCAGGGCUAAGGAGAGUCGCUUUCAACAUACUUGUGCUGGUACUUGAUUGGUGAGUUUUGUAUUUCAGUGUGCACACAGGGACCUGGCGGCGAGAAAUGUUCUCCUUGGAGAAGGAAUGGUAGCCAAAGUGUCGGAUUUUGGUCUCUCACGUGACAUCUACACGGACAAUGUGUAUGAGAAGAAAACUGGGGUGAGGAGAUCAUCUAUAUUGCUCUUCAAUGAGAUUUGCAAAGCUAAAACUUAAGUACUAACAACGGCCAAUCAUGCAAAAGGAAACAUUCGAAGGAGUCAAUGGGAACUCAAACUUAAGAGUACUUUAGGCAUGAGAAGACGCGAGGGUGUCAGUUUUGAAUUUGAUUGGUUAAGAGAGUGGUUCGAGUUUUCUUAACCAAUCACAGAGCAUAGUUAAGCAAGAACCAGUGCACUCCCGUUUUUAAGUUCGACUCUCAGUUGUAAACUGCUGUAUUCUUUCUUAUUGGGUGAUACUGAUCGCUAAAAUGCAAAUCGAAUAAAAGAACCUUAACGGAUAAAAAUACAAACUUACGCACGCAAAGUUUCCAUGGACGUGAGAUAAGUGUGUCUAAGAGCAUCUAAGUAAUCAAAGUACAAGGAAAUUGGAGAUUAAACAAUCUGAGAUACAUACCAAUCCUAACAGCCCUUUUGAAGUCAAACUAAUGAUUAAAAGUUUUAAUUAUUUUUCCUUUCACAGGGGAAACUUCCGGCUAAAUGGAUGGCGGUUGAAUCACUGGAGCAAGGAAUUUACACCAGUCAAAGUGACGUGUAAGUCUAAAGCGCUAUAAAAGGGGGGUGGGGGGGGGGAAGAAAGGGGGAGAGGUUCCUAAGUUUCAUGUAACCCCCUUCCUAUUGUUAACAAGAAAAACUGAUAAUUUAUCAUGAUAAAACGAUCUGACCUGUCCCCAAAAGCCACUAAAACGUUUGUAUAAGAACCCCCCUAGCUUUGACAAGAAAGUUGUUUAGAAAGACUCUAGAAAUGUUUGCCAUACUUUAUCCUAGAAACAACAUUGUUUUAAUGUUAAAUGUUACCAAUUUCGUUUUUUCUCCACAGAUGGUCAUUUGGUGUCCUACUAUGGGAAAUUGAAACUGGAGGUGAGACUUCCCCCCCCCCCCCCUUUCCUGUUGCUUUGAGCGCGUAGCGUCAAUGACACUUGAUAUUCUAAGCCACUUUUUGCUGCGUGCAGAGCCGCCUUUAAGUUGGUGGAGACCAAAACUGUAAGUCCGACUAGACAGGCAAGUGCAACGAUGGUGAAGGAUGGGGAAGUUUAAGACGGAUUGAAAAUGACUACAAAAUAUUGGUUCGAUAAGAUAGAAAUCACAGAAGAGACUAAUAAACCAGGAAGGAACAAGAAUGACUACAUAUGAAGAAGUUUGACACGGACUGCUGAUGAUGAGCCGCUUACAAACCCUAACGUUGCUUGUGUCAGCAGUCGUUUGACUUAAAUCCUACCCAUAAUAAAAAACUAGGAGUAUGCAAAGGCUCAAGUCACAUAAUACUUCUGUGUUCUUACUCACAGGUUGUGCUCCAUAUGCUGGUGUGGCCUCGAGCGAACUGCUGCCGAAGCUUAAAGCGGGUCAUCGUUUGGAUAAACCCCGUUAUUGCACUGACUGGCUGUAAGUAAAAUGUAAUCAUGAGGCGUUCAAUAGAACUAGAGUGCGAAGAGCUCUCUGUUCUCGUCUCUGUCCUUGGUAAUUAAUAUUCGGUUGUAUAGUGUUUGUCGAGUUGGGGGAAAUUUUAACUGGGUGACGAAAUUAAUCUGGGGUUACAUUGGAUCUACUUGACUGAGCUCCGUUGCUUAUUGUGGUUUAAGAAAAGUUGUACCACCCUCUCGACCCUGCUGCUCUCUACCAAUCAGAUGCAUUACGAUUUAGUUCUCAUGCUGCCCAGCCAGAGAGUCAUUUUGUUGUGUUCUUGGGGAAGAAAAUUAACGCCUCUCUCCAUCCCCGCUAGGAGUAUGAAUGGGUACCACCAAACGGUCAAGGAAACAUGCCACUGACCAACCACGCGCCAGCUCCGAGUACAAGAUUAGUCAUUUCGGAGUUCUUACCAUGUGAAAUCUCUUUUAAUCUUCAGAUAUGCAAUAAUGCUUCGUUGCUGGAAUGCAAAUCCUAAGGCGAGGCCAAAGUUUGAGGACCUGAGUGAUGAACUUCACCGAAUGCUCAAUCAACAAUCAGUAAGUUUGACUUGCGUCUCAUUUUUCCUAACAGAAUCACCUCUGAAUCAAACAGGAAGGUCAUGA